CUUGACUUAUUUAUCUCCCUUUCCUUUUCCUCUCCAAUCUCCCCCGUGAAACUAUUCCACGCUCAUCACAACACAUACAACCCCCAUGGCUUCUCUGCCUUGAUCAUCACACAUUGUUUAUCAUCCCGGAGUAGCCCGAACCGAUAAUCCGUCAUCGUCGGACGCGAUGAACUCGAGAUCAUCGUCGGGCCGGUGGAGGCAGCGGUGGUGCACGCAACCGUUAGAGCCGCUAAUGGAAGGCCCCGACCCAGAUAUGCAAGAGGACGGCAACAAGAAGGAGAGCUCCUGGGAGGUCAUCCGGGAAUGGUUCCGGCUCCAGAAGAGCUUCGGCACCGGCAGCAACAUUACGAACAAUGCCUCCUACUAUGGCAGUAAUAAUGGCGGUGGAACCGGUAUGAACGCGAAGACCGGGGACCUGAGGCUGCUCCUCGGCGUCCUCGGCUGCCCACUUGCCCCUAUCCCGUUGGUGACCGAGCCCUUGCACCCACUUCACAGCAAAGACAUCCCCAUUGAGACGUCUACAGCACACUACAUCAUACAGCAGUACUUGGCGGCGACGGGGAGCCUGAAGCGUCAGAAGGGCGAGCAGAAGAACAUGUACGCGACGGGGAGGGUGAAGAUGAUAUGCUGCGAAACCGAAAUAUCAUCUGGGAAGACCGUGAAGAGCCUGGGGACGAGGAGUGAGGAGAGUGGGUGCUUCGUGCUGUGGCAGAUGCUGCCGGGGAUGUGGUCCCUCGAGCUGGUCGUCGGCGGACACAAGGUCAUCGCCGGCAGCGAUGGCAAGAUAGUGUGGCGGCACACCCCCUGGCUGGGCACUCACGCAGCCAAGGGCCGCCAGCGCCCUCUCCGCCGAAUUAUGCAGGGAUUGGACCCAAAGAGCACCGCCAGCCUGUUCGGGAAGGCGCAGUGCCUGGGGGAGAAGAGGAUCGCGGACGAGGAUUGCUUCGUGCUGAAGGUGGCGGCGGACCGGGAGGCUGUGAUGGAGAGGAGCGAGGGGCCAGCGGAGGUGAUGAGGCACGUGCUGUACGGAUACUUCAGCCAGAAGAGUGGCCUGCUCGUGUACCUCGAGGACUCCCACCUGACGCGGGUGUGCAGCCCCCACACUGACGAGGCGGUCUACUGGGAGACCACGAUUGGGAGCACAGUGGGAGACUACAGGGAGGUAGACGGGGUGUGCAUAGCCCACGGGGGGCGGUCGAUCGCGACAGUGUUCCGGUUCGGGGAGGAGGAGACGGCGCAGUACAGCCGCAGCCGGAUGGAGGAGGUUUGGAGGAUCGACGAUGUGGACUUCAACGUGCCGGGGCUGUCCCUCGACUACUUCAUCCCCCCGGCGGACAUUUUUGACCCAAACCUCGUCGUUUCUCCUACUUCCCAGUAGUAAUAAUAUUAAUAAUAAUAAUUUUCCUAAUUAAAUGGCAAAAAAGGGAAAAAAAAACAAAACACUUUGACUUCAAGGGAAGACAAGACAUAUGGUGAUUAGCUAGCUUAGUCCUCCUUGUACUAAUCAUAUAAAUAUCACUGUAAUUUCCCUUUUUCUUUUUCUGGAAUUUUCUUUUGGUGAAAUAUAUAUUAUGAUUGGCGGGGCAAA